CAUUGACCGACGAGAGUAUAGACAGGGUUCAUACUUAAAGAGACAGCAUGGCCCAUCCUGUCACGUGUGAACCUGGACCACUCAGCACAGAAAGGGAAAUGGAGGAGUCAGAAAACAAGUUAAAGGGCAAGAGACUAAAAUGUAGUGAAUUACUGACAUUAAUGAUGUGUUUGGCCCAAGCCGCCGAAGAAGCCUCCAAGAACCUGCAUGAUCUUGCGGAUGAAAUUGACGAGCAUUUUCGAAAAUGUGUCCGAGGAAAAAUUGCCGGGUCUGCAGCUUCCCUGGCGGGGUUCCCACUUAUUGCCAUAGGUUUUGGUUUGUCAUUCGUGACAUUUGGAGCGUCGCUUGGUCUCUCCAUCGCCGGGGCAGCACUGAGUGGCGCAGGAGGUAUCACAGCCGCCGGUUCGGGUUUAGCUGAGCAUUUCAUCACCAAAGCCAAGUGCAAAACGGCGCAGGAGGCAGUUGAUGCGGUUCUUGAGAAAGCCAGAGAAAUACAAGAGAGGUGUGAAGAAAUAGAAAAUAUGGCUCCGACUCCCGGUGCCUGUUCUGCCGUUUUCAAUGCCGGUGCGUUGACAAAGAACGUAGCGAGUUCCGUCGGGAUUUCAGUCUUCAAUGGCCUCAAACUUGCAGGGGGCGUUGCAGACGACGCCGCUGCAACAGUGUUUAAAGGUUUGGGGACAGGGCUUCGAGUCCUGCACAUAGGAGGAUUUGUGGUGAGCGCGUUGUUUGUUCCGGUGGAUGUUUACACCUUAGCAUCUUCCUCUAUCAAGGAACAUCGCAAGGCUGGGUCUGAAGAGGCCAAUGAGAUCAGAGAUCUUGCCAGAGAAAUGCAUCGUUUGGCCCAGGAGACAAGGUCGGGACAGGUUGAAAUAGAUCAGAUCUAAUCCAUAUUUGCGUAUGCAAGAGUUAACUACACGAUUGAUCAUGACAACUCAUUUGUUCACAGUUCUCUUCUUGACAUACGUAGGCUUUUAAACAUAUAACCUUUAAAGAGCACAUUUAUGCUAAUUGGGUAUAUAUAUAUCUAGUGACAUUUGACGAUGUCUUUUCCGUUUGAUUGGCAUUUUUAGCUUUACAAAAAUCACUAUAGAACAUUAGAUUUUAGUGGCUACAUAUUCUUCCAUGCAAAUAUCUGCACUUCUUUUCAGUUAUUUUCUGUACCAUAAGCCAUGUUAAAUGUAGUGUAUCUGGGAUAAAGGUUAUGUGAUAAUCUAUAAAAAAGGUAAAACCGGAGGUCUCUUAGCUUACUUAUCGGGUGUGUUUGUAUUUAAUGGGAGCGUCACUUAACGUUCUUUAAAAUGAAUAAAAAGGCAUUUCUGGUCAUUUGCAGUCAUUUUACUACUCCAUAGAUUAUCAAGAGCGUGGGUAUCACCGUACUAAGUAGUACUGAUUGGAAUAAAACCAAAACUCUUAAAGGGAUAAAAAGAAAUGUUCGGAGGAAGCUUUUGUUAAAAAGUUCACGUGCCUAACCGUUAAUAACCUUAAUUCAAUGGAUAUCUAGUACUCUUCUGGCAUUAUU